CCCUAACCCUUUUCUUUUUUUUCUCUUUUUUUUUUUUGCUAUAUUGUACAGAAAGAGAGAAAGGAAUACUCUUGCUUAGUCUACUCCCUUUCCAAAUACCCUCGCUAUUUACUGGUUUUAUUUUCAUUUUCAUUUUUGUUCCCAUAUUGGUAGAGUGGCAUGGUGUUUCCUAAAAGUCUAGAUAGAUACUUAUAUAUAGAUAUUAGAUAGAUGGAGGGGGAGAUGCGGAUUCACAUCCGAUUCCUACCUUACCUUUUCUGCUGGGUUUUAUGUACGUUUUUACUACUGGUACAUUGUAUUGUAGUAUCUUCUGUAGUCGAUCAUCUCAAUUACACCACGCCCCCGUCCAUACCUAUCGAGUACCACCCACCAUUUACAACUUGCAAACGUACUCAAGAAAAAAAAACAUUAAGUAUUUAUAUUGAGAGCAUGGUACUGUCCAUGCCCAGGGCCAUCUUGGCCACAGCUACGGUCACAGCCACGAACCAACCAGCCAGCCAUAGCAGAUACCGUGUAAGGCCAUAUGAAGCCCACCCAGUUCCUAAUCCGAUAUCCAACCAUCCAAUGUCGUAAAGGCAUGAAGAAGAAAAAAAGCAAUGAAGCAAUCAAGCAGUGAAGGGCGUCCAACACCAGACCCCAACCAGCAAGUGAUAUACACGAAACAAAUACACAAACGUCAGAAUUUCUGCACAGAAUCAUAA